UUUACGUGUUGACUGUCGUGAAAUGUCGCGAUCUUACACUGCUGGCCCUGCUCUGCUAACUGAAGCGUGGGAUAGUCGUAACAGUAUGAGACAGAGUUGAGUUGUAUUUAGAGUUUUUCUUGGUUACCUUUCCUGACGUGGUACACCAAUUUCGUAUAAGCAUUGACACAUUUGAAGAAGGCUGAAACCGUGACAAGCAAGAAUGUUUAAAAAAUUUGAUGAGAAAGAAAAUGUGUCUAACUGCAUCCAGCUGAAAACGUCUGUGAUCAAAGGCAUCAAAAACCAGCUGUUGGAACAGUUCCCCGACAUCGAGUCAUGGCUCAAUCAAAUAAUGCCCAAAAAGGACCCUGUCAAAAUAGUGAGAUGCCACGAGCACAUUGAAAUCCUGACAGUAAACGGCGAGCUGCUUUUCUUCAGACAAAGAGAGGGGCCCUUCUACCCCACGCUCAGGCUGCUGCAUAAAUAUCCUUUCAUCCUCCCACACCAGCAAGUAGACAAAGGGGCCAUAAAAUUUGUCCUGAGCGGUGCAAACAUCAUGUGUCCCGGGCUGACGUCACCGGGCGCCAAACUCUACCCCGCCAAGGCCGACACAGUCGUCUGGACGCAGGCCAUUAUGGCAGAGGGGAAACAGCAUGCACUUUGUGUGGGCGUCAUGAAGAUGUCAGCAGACAGCAUAGAAAAAGUCAACAAGGGAAUCGGAAUCGAGAACGUGCACUAUCUGAACGACGGCCUGUGGCACAUGAGGACGUAUAAAUGAUGACGUCAGCACCUGUUACACCCGAGAUGAUGCGUGGAGCUCUGGAGCUGCCAGUCAACUGUUUACAGACAUAGCUGUGUAACCUGCUGGAGGCUUUAAAUCGACCAUCAUGAUGCACAAAUAAAGACAAGAUCUUGCUUUAAA